AUGCCGGAGUGUAGGAGCGGCCUGCGUGCUACCUGUUGUGUGAUCGCGCCGCGCCGCCGGCCUACCUGUUGUGAGGCUCCUCUGCUGGGUAGAGACCGCCGCCCAGCGUCCACCGAGCUGGCAGCUCCUCCGUGGCCGCGGAACAACUGCGCCCCGACAAGGCCGUUCCGCUGCGAGCGCGCCGCUGUGCGCAUGCGGGGGACGCCCCACGUGGCGGCGGCGCCGGCGGCGUCAGGCCAGGGUCCUCCCCCGUCGCCCACACCGCAGCGCGCUGCGUGGGCGGCGACGCUCCAUUCAGCGCGGAUGCCGCGUGGGCGGCGCCGGGCCCCGCCACAGAAAAGGCCCCCGCGACGCCUGCUGACGUCGCCGGCGCCGCGGGGAGCCGCCAGUGCACUACCACCACUAACAGGAGCAGCACUGCCGCUGGCGGGUCGAGACGCACGCCCUGCCAGUGUAACGGCUUUCUGA